AAACCGACUGUCGGAGAAAUCACAGAAAUCUGUGCUCGUCCUCGAAUAUGGAUACAACGACAACUCGACCAAGACUCUGUGGCCUUACUAUGGCACUGGUUACAACGAUCCCGACAUGUUCGAGAUCAACUCUGCUCCUCAGGUAAACCUUCAGAACCAGAGUUUCGUUGCCUACGCCGGAAAAGUUCUUGGUGGUGGUUCUAUUGUCAACGGCAUGGGAUACGAUAGAGGUACCCAGCCUGACUACGACGCGUGGGGUGAGCUUGGUAACGACGGCUGGAACUGGGAUAACCUUCUCACCUACUUCAAGAAGAGCAGUACCUUCACCCCCAACAAGGCCGAGACUCUUUCGAAGUACAACUACACGUACGAUCUUUCGGCUUACGGUACUGGACCCGUCCAAGUCUCUCUUCCUGAGUGGCAGUACCCUGAGAUGCCUGCUUUCUGGGAUGCCAUGGACGAGAUGAACAUCAACAAGGUGCAAGAAGGAGCUUUGGGUGAACCCGGAUGUUUCUGGGUUGCUGCAUCCACCGAUCCCAAGUACCAGACCAGAUCUUCCGCUCGUUCUGCCUACUAUGAUCCCAUCACUACUCGUUCCAACCUCAAGGUCGUUACCGGUAUUCAGGUCCAGGAAAUCGUCUUCUCCACUCUGACUGCAAAGGGUGUCAAGCUGCUUGACAGAGAUACCGGCAAGACUUACACUGCAUACGCCGACAUGGAGCUCAUCCUUGCAGCUGGUGCCAUUCACACUCCUCAGAUCCUGCAGCUCAGUGGUGUUGGACCUGCCAGUGUUCUCAAGGCAGCAGGUGUCAAGGUCAAGGUUGAUCUUCCCGGUGUCGGAAACAACUUCCAGGACCACCCUGCCGCGUACCUGAUGUACAACUUGGCCAAUGAUACAACCAUCAACACCAACUCUCUUACCAAUAACGCUACAUUCAACGCCACCUCAUACGAUGAGUAUGUUGCCAACAAGACCGGCCCUUACACUCAGGCUCAUGGCAACGGUGCUGCUUUCCUUCCUCUUUCCAAGAUCGCCCCUGACAACUACAAGUCGAUCGUGGAGAAGCUUUCCGCCCAGAAUGCCACUGCUUAUCUUCCCGAGAUGUACUCUGCUUAUCCUGAACUGGUUGCUGGUUACGAAGCUCAACGCAAGAUUCAAGUCGAGCAGUUCAGCUCUGAUGCCGCUUCCAUGUACGAGUUCUCGUUCCAGGGCGGUGGCUUCGCUAUCACUGCUCUCCAGAAGCCUACCAGUCGUGGUACAGUUUACAUCGACCCUUCCAACCCUUCCGGCGAGCCAAUCGUCGACUACCACGGUUUGAAGAACCCUGUGGACGUCGACCUUCUCCUUGCCAGCAUUCGUUAUACUCGCCAGAUCUACAACACUACUGCCCUCUCGGUCUUUGAACCUGUUGAGCUCACCCCUGGUGCAAAGUACCAGACUGACGACGAGCUCAAGUCACAAAUCGCUUCUGGCCUGGUUUACCCUACCUUCGCUCACCCUGCUUCCACCUGUGCCAUGAUGCCAAGAAACCUGGGUGGUGUUGUAGACUCUGGUCUGCAAGUGUACGGUAUCAAGAAGGUGACCAUUAUCGAUGCCAGCAUAAUGCCUAUGAUCCCCGGCACUCAUCUUCAAGCCACCGUCUACGCUAUCGCUGAGAAGGCCGCCGAUAUCAUCAAGGCCAGACACGGCGCUUGAACGGACCUUCAAGAGACCCUUUGGACUUACUCUGUAUUCACGGCUGUUGAAACGCACAUUUUCGCUUCU